CCCGUUUCUGGGGCACCUCUACCAACACAAACUGGUUCGUGGAUCCUUUCCGGGUCGGGGCUCACCAUGUCUGUUACUACUUAGCAUCUUCACCAUUUGCAGAGGCACGAAACUGAUAACCAAAACCACUUCUUCUUCUUCUUCUUCUUCUUCUUCUUCACCAACACCAUGCCUUUCAUCUCCAAAAUUCAGCGCCAAACCGAUUACCAUCUCUUCAGUUCCACCACUCCCAUCGUCAUCGACAAUGGCGCUUCCUAUUUCCGUAUUGGGUGGGCAGGAGAGACUGAACCCCGUGUUGUUUUCCGCAACAUUGUCCAAAGGCCACGCCAUAAAGCCACUGGAGAAACUGUCACUAUUGUUGGUGAUCAUGAUCCAGCUUUACUGAAAUACUUUGACUGCACUCGCUCUGGACCUCGCUCAGCAUUUGACAGCAAUGUUGUUUACCAGUUUGAAAUUAUGGAAUAUAUUCUGGACUUUGCAUUUGACCGGAUGGGUGCAACAGGAUCAAAGAUUGAUCAUCCUGUACUGAUCACAGAAUGUGUGUGCAACCCAGUUCAGUCUCGUAGUAAAAUGGGAGAACUUCUUUUUGAGACUUAUGGAGUUCCAUCUAUAGCCUUUGGGGUUGAUGCAGCAUUCAGCUAUAAAUAUAAUCAGCAACAAGGUGUUUGUGAUAAAGAUGGUCUUGCUUUGUGUCCUGGAUUCACUACAACCCAUGUGAUUCCGUUUGUAGAAGGGGAGCCUAUUUAUAAAGGAUGCUGCCGUACUAAUAUUGGUGGAUUCCAUGUGACUGAUUAUUUUAAGCAACUGCUUUCACUUAAAUAUCCUUAUCAUAUGGCUAGGUUUACAUGGGAAAAGGUUGAAGACCUGAAGAUGGAACAUUGUUACAUUGCACAGGACUAUGCAUCUGAAGCUCGAUUGUUUCAGAAAGGAGCCAAGGAGGCUGAAGAAAAAACCAGAUGCUGGCAGCUCCCCUGGGUUCCACCGCCAACUGAGGAGCCUCCUUCUGAGGAAGAGAUUGCAAGAAAGGCAGCAAUAAGAGAGAAACAAGGUCAAAGGUUGCGAGAAAUGGCUGAGGCAAAGAGGUCAUCUAGAAUAAAUGAAUUGGAAAAUGAAUUGCGUGGUUUGGAAUUUCUUUUAAAUCAACUUGACCAUGUUGAAGAAAGUGGUGUUCCAGCUUUCCUAGCAGAGACUGGCUAUGUCUCUAGGCAGGAAAUAGAAUCUGCCCGUAGUAAAGUUGUGCAAUCCUUGCGGAAAACAAAAGGUGAACCAAAGAAUGAACAAGCUGAAACUGAAAAGGCUGACUCCAGCAAUAAUGAGAAGUAUACUCUUAUAAACAUUCCUGAUGACAUGCUGACCCCAGAGCAGCUCAUCGAAAAGAAGAAACAGUUAUCACUCAAAUCCAUGUCUGACGGGAGGCAGCGAUUAAAACAGAAGCGCUAUGAAGAGGAACUCGAAAGAGAAAGGAAACAACAGCUAGAGGAGGAGAAACGCCUAGAAAACCCGGAGCUUUACUUGGAACAAUUACAUGCGAGAUACAAAGACCUUUCAGAGAGAGUUGACCAAAGAAAACGACUCAAGACAAAUGGUGGCAAUACAAAUGGAAAUAGUUUAUCCGGUGGUGUUGGUCGUGGUGAGAGACUGAAUGCUGCCCAAAGGGAGAGGAUGCGGCUCCUAACAACUGCUGCCUUUGAUCGUGGUAAGGGCGAGGAUACAUUUGGUGCCAAAGAUGAAGAUUGGCAACUUUACAAAUUGAUGAGCAGAGAUAAUGAUGAUGAUGACGAGGGACCAGAUGAGGAUGACACAGAGCUAGCUCGCAUCUCUUUGAGGCUCCAGGACUUAGAUCCAACAUUUGUACCCAAGGUGGAAACCAGUAGCUCCCAACCUGCUGAGGCUCCACGUCCUCGUCCUCUUACUAAAGAAGAUUUUCAGAUUGUUUUUGGGGUUGAAAGGUUCAGAUGCCCUGAAAUUUUGUUCAAUCCAAACUGGAUUGGGGUUGAUCAGGCAGGACUAGACGAAAUGGCCGGGGUCUCAUUAAGAAGGUUAUCAUAUAAGGAUGAAAUACUGGAAGAGAGACUGACUAGUUCGAUACUCGUGACUGGUGGAAGUUCUCUUUACCCUGGCAUCGUUGAACGUCUCGAAGCUGGAAUUCGGAUGAUUAGACCCUGCGGAUCGCGUAUAAAAAUAGUUAGAGCUCUGGAUCCAGUUAUGGAUGCAUGGCGUGGGGCUUCUGCUUAUGCAUCAAACCCAGGAUUCCAUACACAAACUUUCAGUAGGGAGGACUAUGAUGAAAAGGGUGAAGACUGGCUUCGCGGUUAUCAACUGCAAUAUUCGUUGUAAUUGACUUGUAAUCCAAGACUGUAUAUUUUCUUGAACAUCAUACCUUAAUUUAGACAUAUCGGUAAUCUAACUUGCUGCUUGGUAAUCUAACUUGCUGCUCAUACUGUCGCUGAUGCUAGAAGCAGCUAUUGAUAUUUUCACUUUUCAGCUGAUGAAUAGCACCUACAUAGUUUUCA